UAUGUCGGAUUUUCUUGUUAUAAAACCGUCUCAAGAAGCGGACAGUGAUAAAGCAUUUAUCGACGAUGAUAACGGACUACCAGUUUUCAAGGCGAUUUUUGAUGUAAAUUCUUUCGAUAAAAAAGAUAUUACCUUAAGAAUCGAGGGUGAUAAAUUGCAUUUAGAAGCAAAACAUAGGGAAGAGAAAGAUGAUAGAGCAUUCGUAAAAACAAUGCUUAGAACUCUUGAUUUACCCUCUCACGUUGACGAUAAACUCAUGAGAACAACAAUUAAUGAUAAGGGUUUCCUUAUCAUAGAAAUGCCCUUUCACCUUCCACCAAGCAGAUCAUUACAACAGAAUAAGCCAGGUGUUCAUCCUAUUAUUACUGAUCCAGAUGGAACAAGGAAAAUAAGAGUUAGUACAACCUUGGGAAGGGAAUUCACGCCAGACGACGUUAACGUUUUUAUAGACGAGAAUGAUCCAGGAAUAAUUGCUGUAAGAGCGGCUUACGAAGAAAGAGCCGGCCAAUACGGUGACAAAAAUCGAAUAUUACGAAAUAUAAAAAGAGAUAUACGUCUCCCAUCAUAUAUGAAGGCCAAGAGCGUUAAAGCAUCACUAGGACCCACAGGAAAUCUAUACAUAGAAAUUAUACUUCUAGAUCAGGAAAAAACCUAUAGAUGCUCUAUUACUUCAGAAGACGUUACCGAUGAGAUUUCUGACACUUAG